AUGAUGAAGGCCCCAGCUGUCCUGGCUGUGAUCAUCAACAUGAUCUUCGCUCUGCCCUACCUGCGACACAGCAAAGCCGACGAGCUCGAUCACUUGGAGCUGUUCGCUGGCGAUAUGUCUGUGACUCGCGGUGAGCUCCAGGAGCUGGUUUGA